AUGUUGUCUCCAAGGCGGAUGAAUCGCGGCGGCGUCGACGAUAUCGCGGGGGACGGAUCGACUUCCGCAGAUCUCAACGACGAGGCCCCGCUCCCGGAACGACUCGCCGCGGACGCGCGCACGCGCGAUGUCUUCAACGCGAACAUCCUCCCGCGGCUCGACAGCGGCGACCUCGCGGUGCUCGCGACGGUGAACCGAAAGAUGCGCGACGUCGUCUUCGAUUCGCCCGUCGACCAUGACGUGAGGGACGUCGCGGCGGUGAGGAGGGAGCUCGGGAGGAUGCCGAACUUCGUCGGGUCGGUCAGCAGGUUGGCGUGGGCGAAGGAGCGAGGGUGUCCGUGGGACGAGAAUACUUGCGCCGCAGUCGCGAAAUGCGGCCACCUGGAGGUACUGCAGUGGGCGCGCGCGAACGGCGCUCCGUGGGACGCGUGGACUUGCACCGGUGCCGCGGAACACGGCCACUUGGAGGUGCUGCAGUGGGCGCGAGCGAACGGCUGCCCGUGGGACGUGUGGACUUGCACCUAUGCCGCGGGUAGGGGCCACUUGGAGGUGCUGCAGUGGGCGCGAGCGAACGGCGCCACGUGGAACGAGUGGACUUGCGUCAAUGCCGCGGGUGGCGGCCACCUGGAGGUGCUGCAGUGGGCGCGCGCGAACGGCGCUCCUUGGGACGAGGAGACUUGCUCCGAAGCCGCGAGAGGCGGUCACCUCGAGGUGCUGCAGUGGGCGCGAGCGAACGGCGCCACGUGGAACGAGUGGACUUGUGCCAGUGCCGCGUUUGGCGGCCACCUGGAGGUGCUGCAAUGGGCGCGCGCGAACGGCGCUCCGUGGAACGAGUGGACUUGCACCUAUGCCGCGCAUCGCGGCCACCUGGAGGUGCUACAGUGGGCGCGCGCGAACGGCGCUCCGUGGAACGAGGUUACUUGCGUCAAUGCCGCGGGUGGCGGCCACCUGGAGGUGCUGCAGUGGGCGCGCGCGAACGGCGCUCCUUGGGACGAGGAGACUUGCUCCGAAGCCGCGAGAGGCGGUCACCUCGAGGUGCUGCAGUGGGCGCGCGCGAACGGCGCUCCGCAGGACGAGUCGACUUAAACAGAGGAGUCGCCGCACGUGACGGAGUGGCUGCGAGCGCAUGUCCGCGGCGCUAAUAAUGUGACGACGAGAGAACGUGCUUGUAACGAACGAACGAGCGAACGAACGAACGAACGCGGACGCUCGGAGAAAGCGCCGGCCCUCCGCCGCGGCGGACGCGACGUAGGGCUCCCGCAGACGAUUAAUACGAAAACGAUCAAUAAAUG